CUGGGCACCCCGAUCAGAGCGCGCGACAAUUCGCUGGACGCAUGGCGUCACGGUAAUUGGGUCCUCGUGACCGUCGUUUGGGUUACUUUUGACUUGAUCUUCUCGGGGCUGUGCCGAGUCGAUAUAAGGCGAGCUAGCGCCCGAACGUUCAACUUUGGCGCCUGCAUCAUCAUCUCGGGCCUCGGUCUUGCACGCUGGCGGUGUCUUGCCGGGCCGCUGAGGUGUGAUCGGCUGCAUCUUGGACUCGGAGAGAAGGUUUGUUGCUCGACGGUGCUACAAUUCACUCGCAAUAGGUUGCCUGCUGGUAGACGUCGACUUCGUUUCUCGCCACCAGUCAUUGGUUCAAGCGGACCGGAACUCGCAGUUGCGAACCUGGAAUGCCAACAACACAUUGUAGAGCUUCAUGGUGUCUCAGGGACAGUGACGUGA